AUGGCAGCCCUAGCAUCAUUCACACGUAAUAAUCGUACUUAUGGUCAGCAACCAAUCGAUAGCGUGGUUAACCCUCAAAGGGAGCGCAACGGAUUGGAUGCCAAGGCUAGCCAGUUAGUGGUUUCGUCGUUCGAUUUCGAUCGUUUUUAUCGUCCAAGUUACCGUUACAUAAGUGCUGACUACAAACGAUUCAUGGCGAUCAAUGAUGUGUCAGUCAGUGAGAAAUAUAGACCAGUGGUCGUCGGUCGGCCGCCGGUCGAUUAUGGAACGGCAUCAUAG